UUACUCAUUGGCCUGAUCCCGCUCGGUGAGUCCACAGGAGGGACUCUCGUGCAGAGCCAGCUUGACAACACACAGGGAGGUGCCAACAGCCACGGACAGGGCAGGCAGGCGCUGCGCGGGGCUGCCUCUGAGCACGGUCCUGGGUCCCCGCGGAAGCGCUCUAAGGAUCAAGCAUUUGCCUUCUGUUACCUGCACCUGCCAGGGUCCUGUGUUAGGAGAGACUGCCAGAGGAGACCCCAAAGUCUGGAGGACAAUGGCCCUUUGUGGAAUAUGAAGUGUACCUAUGGCUGCAUGGUUUUCUCUCUCUGACGGCGGAGAGCUGAGCAUGGCCCUGGGUCCUCAGAAAGCCAACUGAUCCAACUCACCAUGCAUCAACUUUUCAGAUUGGUUUUGGGACAAAAAGAUCUUUCAAGAGCUGGGGACCUCUUCUCUUUAGAUGAUGCCGAGAUUGAGGACAGCCUGACAGAAGCUUUGGAACAGAUUAAAGUCAUUAGCUCAUCUUUGGAUUACCAAACUAAUAAUAAUGACCAGGCAGUGGUUGAAAUCUGUAUCACAAGGAUCACAACAGCCAUCAGAGAGACGGAAUCUAUUGAAAAGCAUGCCAGGGCCCUGGUGGGACUGUGGGAUUCCUGCUUGGAACACAACCUGAGACCUGCAGGGAAAGACGAAGAUACUCCACAUGCAAAAAUUGCGUCUGACAUCAUGAGCUGCAUCUUGCAGAAUUACAACCGGACCCCUGUGAUGGUCUUAGCCGUCCCCAUCGCAGUGAAAUUCCUCCACAGAGGUAACAAGGAGCUGUGUAGGAACAUGUCCAACUACCUAUCCCUGGCUGCCAUCACCAAGGCUGAUCUCCUGGCUGAUCACAUCGAAGGGAUAAUAAAGAGCAUACUCCAAGGAAAUGCCAUGCUGUUGAGGGUGUUACCUGCUGUGUAUGAAAAGCAGCCACAACCAAUCAACAGACACCUGGCAGAACUCCUGGCCUUGAUGUCUCAAUUGGAACAGACAGAGCAGUACCAUCUACUACGGCUUUUGCAUGUAGCAGCAAAGAGGAAAGAUGUGGAGGUGGUUCAGAAAUGUGUUCCUUUCCUGAUCAGGCAUUUGAAGGAUUCAACCCACAAUGACUACAUCCUAAACAUCCUCAUAGAAAUAGCAGGCUGUGAGCCACUGGCUUUGAGCAGCUUUCUACCAAUGCUGAAGGAGAUUGGGGAGAGAGUCCCCUACCUCACCGGACAAAUAGCAAGGAUCUUUGGUGCUGUUGGACAUGUGGAUGAAGAAAGAGCCAGGAGCUGCUUACGAUACCUGGUGAGCCAGCUGGCUAACAUGGAGCACUCGUUUCAUCAUAUUCUCCUGCUGGAAAUCAAGAGCAUCACUGAUGCCUUCUCCUCCAUCCUGGGCCCUCACAGCAGGGACAUCUUCCGAAUGAGCAACAGCUUCACCAACAUUGCCAAGCUGCUUUCCCGACGACUGGAAAACAGCGCGGCUGGGAAUGGCAGGAGAAAAAACAGCGCUGAAGUUGGCUUUCCUGAGAAACUGGGAGAAGCCAAGACCAUGACAGAGGAGCCUGAAAGUGAAGACCAUGAAAAACUCCAAGUUAAAAUCCAAGCCUUUGAAGACAAAAUAAACGCUGAGAGCAACACCCCUGCUUCUGUCCGCAGAUACAGCUUAGACCACAUCUCUAAGGAAGAACAAAGAAACAUUCGAUUUAGCAGGUCCAGGAGUUUGGCUUUGAAUACUGUACUCACAAAUGGAGUGAGAGCAGGCGAUGGGGAAGCUGAAGAAAGGGCAGGAAUACAUGCCAGCAUCUCUCUCUCAGAAAUAGACCCACUUAGCCACGGAACUGGCAAGUUGCCUCUUAAGAUAGAUGCCCAUGGAUCACAGCUGAGAAAUUCCUCAGCUUCACACCCAAGUAUUGUCCAUAUAGAAUCAGAGAAUAUGCCUGAAACUGUUAAAGAAAACAUCCAGGAAGCCAUUCCAGAAACAGCCACCACGAGUCCCAUUGAAUACCAAGAUAAGCUGUACUUGCAUUUAAAAGAAAACCUCAGUAAAGUGAAGGCUUAUGCCAUGGAAAUCGCAAAAAAGGUCCCAGUCCCGGACCAGUGCACCAUUGAAGAUACCAUGAAAAGUUGUGUGGCAAAGCUGUUCUUUACCUGUUCCUUAAAGGGUCAUUACUGCCUGUACAGCAAGUCCAGUUUCAUCCUCAUCAGCCAAGCACCCCAGCCAUGGAUACAGAUCAUGUUCCUCUUCCAGCAGAGUCUGUUUCCUGAGCCCCUGUCCAUUCAGAGUGGGUCUGUGCAGUUCCUCAAAGCCCUGUGGGAGAAGACGCAGGCCAGCGGGACCCAAAGCUUUGAAGAUGCCAUGACAGAGUCCACAUUUCCACAGCAGAAGGAUCUGGAGCAGGUUCAGCUCCAUCUGGAAGAAGUGAGGUUCUUUGACGUGUUUGGCUUCAGUGAAACAGCAGGGGCAUGGCAAUGCUUCAUGUGCAACAACCCUGAAAAGGCAACCGUUGUGAAUCAAGAUGGCCAGCCUCUCAUUGAAGGAAAACUUAAGGAGAAACAAGUCAGGUGGAAGUUCAUCAAGAGGUGGAAAACGCGUUAUUUUACAUUGGCUGGAAACCAACUUCUGUUUCAAAAAGGAAAAUCUAAAGAUGAUCCUGAUGACUCCCCAAUAGAACUCAGCAAAGUACAGAGUGUGAAAGCUGUGGCUAAGAAACGCCGGGAUCGCUCUCUCCCUCGGGCUUUUGAGAUCUUCACAGACAAUAAGACCUAUGUUUUCAAAGCCAAGGACGAGAAGAAUGCCGAAGAGUGGCUGCAGUGCAUCAAUGUGGCGCUUGCCCAGGCAAAAGAGAGGGAAAGCAGAGAAGUGACCACGUAUCUGUAAAGACAUGGACACCACCUCUUAGGACUGUGUGUGAUCGGCAACGCCAAUGUCAACAGAAAGAGAAAUCCACCACGGCAUACUGGGUUUCACUAAAUACCAGUGAAACCAUUAUCCCUAAGGAGGGUCUAAAAUGACAGGGUUCUCAUUCCCACGCCCUCACAACUAUUAACUCCAAGAUGUCUUCCUAAAGUGUGUGAGAAAGAGAAACCAUAGAGUUCAUAUCGGAGCGUGUAGGAGGCUAGGAAGGGAAAGUUAUGAAUGAAGGAACUUCUGUAGCUAUGUGAUUUGGGACUGUAAGAAAACAGUAAAUGGGGUCAGUGAGAAGGCUCAGCAGGUAAAAGGCACAUGCUGCCAAGCCUGAUGGCCUGAGUUCUAGCCCCGUCUGCUCCACAUACCACGGCACAUUCAUGCCCCCAGUAAGUAAGUAAGUAAAUAAAAAAUAAAUGGAAUUUUAGAAACAGAUGCCUGAAAGAUCUACCUUGAAAGAAAACUAUCACAUUAAAAACAUAUUUUUUAAAACUACUAGGAAAAGUUGAACUAACGUACACUGAAGAAAACCAAUAAUUUAAACUGGGAGGAGGUAGCACACACCUUCAAUCCCAGCACUUGGGAGGCAGAGGCAGGUGGAUCUCUGUGAGUUUGAAGCCAGCCUGGGCUACAGAGUGAGUUCCAGGACAGCCAGGGCUACACAAAGAAACCCUGUUCCAAAAAACAAAAACAAGCAAACAAAAAUUGACUUGAAUAUAUUAGUUACCUAUCUGUUGUGAUAAAACACUCUGACAUAAGCAAUUUACGGGAGAAAGGAUUUAUUUUGGUUUAUGGUCCCAGAGGCAUAGAGUCUAUGCUUACAGGGAACACGUGGUAACUAGCAGAGAAAGCAUGGCAGCAGAAACAGGAAUUUCCUGAUUUUCAUUCUCAGAGGGGAAGCAGAGAGAGCCAGAAAGCCAGUAAGGCUAGAAAGCCACAAAACCCACCUCCACUGAUGCACUUCCUUUACCAAGGCUCCACCUCCGAAGGGUUCCAUAACCUCCUGAAACAGCACUCCCAACUUGGGACCCAGCAUUCAAAUACCUGAGCCUAUGGGGGUCAUUUGCUAUUUAAACUGCCACAUUGUAUUUCUCUUCUCAAUACAAAAGAUGCUAACACAUAAUAGGAUGGUUCUUCAUCCAGUUACAUAAUUAAAUUUAGGCUUUCAUUGGAGUGUAGUUGGGUUUUCCUGUUUAGAGACACAGUUACAUCUACUAUCUAAGGCAGUAAGUAUAGACAGAAUAAGUAUGGAAAGAUGCCUUUCUAAUGUGCAUCACCUCCCUUAAAUGAAGCUUUUUAUAAUUUAAAAAAUCUGUUUUUCUUUUUGUAGUAAGCCUUGUAUUGUCCAAAUUAUAAGCAUGUAUUGUUUUUUCCCAUUAUCCAUAUAUACUUUUGAAUUAAGCCAUCAUAGGCAGCUUAGGUGACUUCCAGUGACCCAUGCCCUGGAAAAAGGUCCUACCCCUUGAGUGGUGGAGUGUGGGACCUGAAGCUUGUUUCUAGCUUACAUAAUAGGACAAGGUGAUAGGAUAGUCUCUCCUAUAACUGUGUUACAUCUCAGCAGGCCUCUGACCCCGAGAGCCUCUCGGAAUCUAGCCCAGCCACCACUGAGGUAGCAGCUGUGAGUAACAUAUGUACUCUCUAGCCCAACCACCACCUUGAUGGCAGUCAUGACAUACUCUGAUCAGAGGUACCAGGGAAGAUGGAUGCUUGCCCCACAGAAACUGUGCAAUAAUAACCAUAUUCUGCUUUAAAUGCAAACCAUGUGGUGAUUUGUUAUGCACUGAUUAAUUCAUAUAAAACCCUCCUGGUAAUAUAUCAAAGAUAACUUUUUUCUGUAAAGAUGAUUUAUUAUGUAUUUUAGUAUAGUAAGUUGUCACUAUACUGACACGACUGUUAACUCACUGGCAUAAGAAAUAUAAAAGGGGUCAUACUUGAGCAAAGAAACUUAAUUCAAUUUUAACACGUAAAGUUUGAGGAGAUUAUGAGCCUCAGGAGUUAUUACACAUUGUAAAUAGAGUUCAAGAGGUCAAAAUUUGGGUCCACUGCAUAUGAAAGUAAUUGUGAAAGAUAUGGAAUUGGCUGAAAUUACAGAAGGAAAAUAAGAAAUGGGGGAAUUGAUGAAGACCCCUUGGGAUACCAAUAUCUAGGCAAUGGCAGGUUAUAGCUGAUCAGUAUUCAGAGAAGAUGUAGCCCAGGAGACAUGAUAUUACAAAAGCUAAAUUAAGAAGGAUUUUCAGGAUGUCAACAUUUUGAAGUCCUGAAGAUAAAGCUUGACUUUCGUAAUUAGGAAGCAAUUGAUGUCACUGAUAAGAACAAUUUCAUGGGAAUGGUGGAGUAAAAGUUAACUUUCAAUGUGUUGUAGAAAUUGACUGUCGUAUUUCAUUUUUUUUAAAGGUGGGGUUAAGGCAAAAGAGCAAGGGUAGAUAAAUGAUUUCUUAUUUUGUUUUUAGGUGAAGUCAUCUUAAGAGGGAAAACAGUUUAACAAAUAUAGACAAGGGAAGACAAGGGCCAAGUUGCUAGAUGUGAGAGAGAAUAAUUUUUCAAGUUCUGUAUUGAGGAGCCAGGGAAAUGUCUUAGUAUAAGGGAGCUUGCCAUGAGGUCAAAUCCCCAGCACAUACAUGAGAAGCCCAGCAUGGUUUUGGGAGCCUAUAACUCCACACUGAAAGUUGGAGACAAGUGAAUCCCAAGGGCUCCUUGGCCUGCCAGUUCAGCUGAAAUGCUGCGUGUCUGGCUCAGUGAGAAACCCUGCAUGGUGGUUUGGAUGAGAAUGGCCCCAAUAGGCUUAUAUAUUUGACUACUUAGUCCCCAGUUGGUGGAACUAUUUGGGAAGGAUUAGGAGGUGUGGCCCUGUUGGAGGAGGUGUGCCACUGGGAAUGGGCUUUGAGGUUUCAAAAGCCCAAGCCAUUUCAGGUUAGCUCUCCCUCCACACUCUGUCACAUGGCUGUUGUCAGAGACGUGAGUACUCAGCUACUGCUCCAGCACCGUGCCUGACAACUGCCAUGCUCCCUGCCAUUUUGGAAAUGUAUUCACCCUCUGAAACUGUAAGUCCCCAAUAAACUAUUUUAAAGUU